GGGCGGGGAGGCAGCCAGGGUAUAAAGGCUCCGGAGCGCACCGUCGGGGCUGCAUUCUGAGUGCGCGAUCAGAAACCGACUCUCAUGGAAGUACAGAGGAAUAUCGGGCCCCAACAGACGAAUAGCAGCAGCAGCAUGUGUGAAUCCACGCAGAGGUCCUGCGAGCCUCGCCGAAAGAGGAUGGACGAGCGCAGUGCGCCUUCGGAGAUGGCGAGGAUAAUCACCGAUCCUGCCACGGGGAAGUGCUACUGCCGUGGAAAAGUUUUGGGAAAGGGAGGAUUUGCUAAAUGCUAUGAGAUGACAGACCUCUCCACCAGUAAAGUUUAUGCAGCCAAAAUCAUCCCACAUGCGCGCGUCUCCAAACCUCACCAACGGGAGAAGAUUGACAGAGAAAUUGAGCUGCACAGAGCACUGCACCAUAAACAUAUAGUGCACUUUUAUCACCAUUUUGAGGAUAAGGAGAACAUCUACAUCCUGUUGGAAUACUGCAGCAGAAAAUCGUUAGCUCAUAUUCUAAAGGCUCGCAAAGUGCUUACUGAGCCAGAAGUGCGUUAUUACCUGCGACAGAUUGUCUCUGGACUGAAGUACUUGCAUGAACAAGAAAUCCUUCACAGAGAUCUGAAACUUGGUAACUUUUUUGUGAGUGAUUCGAUGGAACUGAAGGUCGGGGACUUUGGUCUUGCUGCCAAGUUGGAGCCAGCGGGAAACAGGAGGAAGACGAUCUGUGGAACUCCCAACUACCUGUCCCCCGAGGUGCUCAACAAGCAGGGCCACGGCUGUGAAUCAGACAUCUGGGCCUUAGGCUGUGUAAUGUACACUAUGCUGUUGGGCAGACCACCAUUUGAAACCACCAACCUGAAGGAGACGUACAGGUGUAUCAGAGAGGCGCGUUACUCUCUUCCCUCCUCCUUGUCGCCACAGGCCAAGCAGCUAAUCGCCAGCCUGCUGGCCAAGAUCCCCGAGGACAGACCCAAUCUGGACCACAUUCUGAGACACGACUUCUUCACACAGGGCUUCAGUCCAGAGCGUCUGUCUGCUAGCUGUUGCCACUCAGCACCAGAUUUCCACGUCUCUAGUCCCGCCAAAAGCUUCUUCAAGAAAGCUGCCGCGGCGCUGUUUGGCGGGAAGAGGGACAAGGUCAAAUACUACGAGACUCUGAAUAAGUUAACUAAAGAGGAAGAGGAGAUCUACAAACUGCAGCAUGACUUGGAGAGAACUGUCAUCAGCCAACAACAAAGCAAAAAACUUUCCGAGAAUGGAAGUGUACUUCCGCCAUCUGCUGAGAGCCCUGUUGCCUUGGCAACAGAGAGCCAGUCCCCGACAACGCAAGACACCAUCCGUCUGAUCGUCAGGGGGAGUCUGGGGAGCUGCAGCAGCAGUAGUGAAUGCCUGGAAGACAACACAACAGGGAGUGUGGCUGAGACUGUUGCAAGUGUUUUAAGGGGCUGUUUGGAGAAUAUGGCUAAAGAUGACAUUCCUCAGGGCUCAAACAGCUGCAGUCUUCAAUGGGUGACUAAAUGGGUGGACUACUCCAACAAGUACGGCUUUGGCUACCAGUUGUCUGAUCACACCGUGGGAGUUCUCUUCAACAAUGGCACUCACAUGAGCCUCCUGCCAGACAGAAAGACUAUCCAUUACUAUGCAGAGUUGGGCCAGCGCUCCGUCUUCCCCACCUGCGAGGUUCCCGAACACUUUGUGGGCCAAGUGACUGUGCUCAAGUACUUCUCCCAUUACAUGGAGGAAAACCUGAUGGAUGGUGGAGACCUUGGUACUAUGACAGAUGCACACAUGCCCAGACUGUACCUGCUGCAGUGGCUCAAAUCAGACCGCGCCCUCAUGAUGCUCUUUAACGACGGCACUUUCCAGGUUAACUUUUACCAUGAUCACACCAAGAUCAUCCUGUGUUGCCAGAGGGAUGAGUACAUGCUGACAUACAUCAAUGAGGACCGCAUCUCCAAAACCUUCAAACUGAGCUCCCUGCUGACGUCCGGCUGCCCUACAGACCUGCGUGAUCGCAUGGUGUACUCCCUCAACAUGCUUCUGCAGAGAUGCAGCUAAACCCAACAAUAACGUGUCCGGGAAAGACAAACGAGACGAAAUCUACUCGAUGUGUUGCUGCAGAGGGGCAAGGAUCUGGAAAAAAUGUGUGAGAAAUGUGGAUUUCAAGGAUGGGAUUGAGCAGAGUAAAUUAACAUUCCUCCGUCGCUGCACCUUCGUGACUCAGCAGCGGCGCAGGUGAAAAAAUAGCAAAGAGAAGCUGAAAGAGACUGAAAAACUGAAAUGUAGCACAAUGACUGUGGAUGGGAAAAAAGGGCUGAUUUAUAUGUCGAUUGUUGGAGGAGA